UGCGGUACUCACCAGCAGGAAGUGGUUGCUGCGAAAAAAAAACUGUUUGGAGUUAUACAAAACUGCUUAGUUCCCAGUCUGUUUGUCUUUAACGUCUGAUAGACCAGUCGGAUUGUAGCAAUGAGGCAGAGAGGGAGAGAAUCUGUCUCCACUGUCAUCACUUACGCCGUACUUUGCACUUCACAGUCGCAGGUUCCCGCUGACUCCUCUCAAUGACCCGCAUGCAGUGAAAGCUGAGCUCAAAUCGAGGACUCCUCUCUCUCAAAAAAAGAUUCAAUUGCUGCUGAAACUGAUUUUCUCCAAGCCCAGCGAGUAAGGCUGCGAGAUGCCACGCUCAUUCCUCGUGAAGAGUAAGAAAGCGCACAGCUACCAUCAACACAGACCCAUCGAGGAUGACUACAGCAGCAGGCUGGAGCACAUCCUGGCACACAUCUCCUCAGACAGCAAGAUGCCGGAAGACGUCCUCUCUGCAGACUCCAAAGGCGGGGUUUCGCCUAAAUCCCAAACGGUGGAGGCGGCCGACGUGCCGGAGUCUCCCGUCAGCUGCGAGGAUGGCGUCUGUGGCAGAACUUCCGAGUAUGAGAAUUUCUGGAGACCUCCUUCUCCGUCGGCAUCGCCAGACUCUGAGAAAUCUCUCUCCCCUUCUGUGGACGAGAAUCAUCCAUUCGCUAUGCCUUUGAAGCAGUACAGCUGGAAUAAUUACUCAGGUUCCGAGUUGAAGUACCUGGUGCAGAAUUAUCGCCCCCCAGCUCUGGAGCGGAGCUCCGCUGUGGGGCUGUACGGCGAACGAAACUCCAUGGCUGGCCUCUACCCUAGCUCCGCCCCCGGCCUUUACAACGAGCGUGGUCCGGCUCACGGGCUUUACGGCGAGCUCGGCACCGCGCCCGCCCUGUACAAUGAGCGCAGCCGCAGCUUCCACGAGAAAAGGAACGAAGUGAAAACGGAAUCCGGGCUCCUUUGCACCCGACUGCUCCUUAACAACGGCUCCUACAAGUGCAUCAAAUGCAGCAAGGUCUUCUCCACUCCUCAUGGUCUGGAAGUCCACGUCCGCCGGUCUCACAGCGGCACCCGCCCUUUCGCCUGUGACAUUUGCGGAAAAACCUUUGGCCACGCGGUCAGUCUGGAACAACACAAAGCGGUUCACUCGCAGGAAAGGAGUUUUGAUUGCAAGAUCUGCGGGAAAACAUUUAAAAGAUCUUCCACAUUGUCCACGCACCUGUUGAUCCAUUCAGACACCAGGCCUUAUCCGUGUCAAUAUUGUGGGAAGAGAUUUCACCAGAAGUCAGACAUGAAAAAGCAUACCUUCAUCCACACAGGCGAAAAGCCCCACAAGUGCCAGGUAUGUGGCAAAGCCUUCAGCCAGAGCUCUAACCUCAUCACCCACAGUCGCAAGCACACCGGUUUCAAGCCGUUCGGCUGCGACCUGUGUGGGAAGGGAUUCCAGAGGAAAGUGGAUCUCCGGAGACAUCGCGAGACACAGCACGACGUGAAAUAGGCAGCGGAGGCGGUAAAUCCGGAGACCGGCACGGCAAAAGGGGCCCCCUUAUGAAUUCUGUAUGUACCGCCCGUGAAACUCUACCUGGGUUUAUGAUCAUAGCAGUUGUGUGACCCACGGUGUCUACGGUCUAGCUUGGUCUUAAACUGCAGAAUGAUUCUAACAUCAGGUGCCUGUUCGAUUUGUGCAGUGUUCAGGUGCAAACUUUUUAAAUAAUUGUAAAUAAGUGCAUCACUGUUACAAUAUUAAUGGGAUGCAUAUGUUCAACCAUUUGAAAGAUGCUUAAUUUAUGUAAAACAAAGGGUAUAGUCUGAUUUAGAUUCCCGAUUGCUCAACGUUCCCAACACGUAUUGCCACACUGUGAGUUUUGAACAGAAGUACUUUAUGUGUAAAAAAAGGGCGAUCUGCCUCAGUGGCGCGACCCUCGGUAAAGUUUCCUAAAUCCAUUUACGACUUUCACCUAAGAAAAAGCCCUUCGAAAGUCUUACAGAAACAAAAUGUUAAUGGAUUUUUUAAAAAAGCAAUUGCAUUGUAAAAGUACUUGUGAUCUAUUUCACAUCGCAUUACCAUUGAAAUGUUUCAACUGUUGAAGUGAUGAAAAUUCGAUGGUUUUGUUUCUGUGGAGACACGGUAUUUAAUCGCACGUCGCAGGAACAGGAGAGAUGGUCAGGUGCUGGGUAAUGAUGGCGAAUAAACCCUGUAAUUUCCACCACGCAACCUGAGCGGUACGCCUACCAGAGUUUUACUCCCUAGUCAGGUUAUACCAUCGGGCCCAGUCUCUUUGCCACACACCGCCAUCAGGAAGACCUUCAGGUGCAGACGAUAUCCCUAAUGAUGUUCUAAAACUUCCCUCGCAAAUUCAAGGCCCGGGAAGAGGAGGAUGUGCCAGGGACCCUACAAGACAUGAUAACUGUGACCACCUGCAGGAAAAGAGACAAAUCCAAUUGCAGUAACUACGGAGGGGAUCUCUCUGCAUUCUGCCACGGGGAAAGUCAUUGUGGGAUUUUCCACUGCCUGGAGAGCAGUGAAGUGUGGAUUUCAUCCAAUAUAGAGACACAAUGAACCUGAGCUUCAUCAGAUAUAAACUCCAAGAAAAAUGCACUGAGCAGUGUCGACACUAAAUUGGUACAAAAGACACCAUCAAUCAAGAGAGACAGUGGAGCACUCUUCUCACAUCUGCUGCACACGACCGCCACAACAGAUCUGAUCUCAAGGCGGGCCAAUGGCAAGCAAGAGUGUGUCAUCAGUCCAACAUUUCUCUCAACCCUCCUGUCUGAAACGGUACACCUCAACUCCCACAAGCUUCCCAUUGGAAUAGAAUUAAUCCACAGAGUGGGAAAAUGUCCAACUUUUGGUACCUACACUCCACGGCCAAAGUCACCUCAACUUCAGUUUUCAAGGUGCGUACAAUGAUUGUGUAUGCACAUCUUUGGAGAACAAGCUCCGGGCUAUGAUGGACAUUACACAUAAUUCCCACAAACCAAAGGUCUAGUACCAAACUUCCCCUGCUGUACACCAAGGUGUAUGAUGACACCCUGACAGGCACUGAUGAUGAAAUUCACUUUUGCCUCCAAGUAGCCUUUGGCCGUCUGAAAGGAGUGUUGAUCAAGCCCUGAAAUCCAGUACAAAAGCUCUUGGUUUAUGAUCACGACCCUCCAGUGCAUUUCUGAGAGAUGGACUGCCUCUGGCGCUGGAGAGAUAUCACCAACGCUGUCUUCACUAAAUUCUCCAAAUUCACUGGCAAAAAAAUGAAUUCAGAGUCCCUUCGGGGUCCAACAUCCCCAGCAUUGAGGUGCCAAUUACGCUCAGAUGGUUCUGAUGGGCGGGCUGUGCUGUUGGCAUACCCGACACCACCGUGCUGAAACACACUCUAUUCCAAGUACCCGCACCGCAAGAGAUUACCAGGUGGACAAAGAGAACAAUUCAAGGAUAUUCUCAAAGUCUCCUUGAAAAAAAAUUGCAACAUCCUCAGGAAUGCCUGGCCCAUGACUGCUCAGAUGGUGAAGGAUUGCGUGGAGAAUGUCAUGUUCUUUCAUAGAAACACCCAGAAGCCCAAUGUAAGUAAUAGAAAGGGAAGAUCACCUCUCUAACUACCUAUCCGCCAGCUCUGCCAGGCUCCUCCUGCCCCACUUGUGGCAGAGCCUGUGGGUCCUACUUUCGCCUCAUUACCCACAUCAGAAUCCACGGACCGGGAAUGGACCGGGUUCUGUCUGUGAAGAAGAAGACCCUCGGCCAAUUAUUGUAUUACAAGAAACCCUUACACUAAGGGUCUAGAAGAUAAAUGGCAGUUGUACAGAGGAGAUGGGUUUUGGUAAAUAGUUGAAUAUAAUAUUUAUUGUAACUCAUUCUGAGCAUUUCUCCCCCCAAGUGAGGUGAUAAAGUCAUUUGGAAACGCAAGGGACUGCAGAUGCUGGAAAUCUGGAGCAACACACAAAAAGCUGGAGGACUCAGCGAGUCAGGCAGCAUCUAUGGAGGGAAAUAGUCGACGUUUCGGGUCGAGACUCUUCUUCGGGACUCCUCCAUAGAUGCUGCCUGACCCGCUGAGUUCCUCCAGCCUUUUGCGUGCUGAAAAAAAUCAUUAAACGUUUGAGAGAACAAUUGGAACCAACGUCAUUUCAAUAAACUCCGUCCUGCAAGAAUGUAUUGUAUCAUCAAGUGUCUUACAGUAUUUGAGCGUUAGGAACUGUUCCAGCAGUCCAAGCUGUUAAUUCGGAAUCAGAAGCGUAGUCCACAGUAGACUCCUCAAACUACUUUAAAUCUGAAAAAGUAAGUUGAAAUGUCGUCUUAAAAUAUGAGACUCACUAAAUAACAUAAACCCUGCUCUUAUUUCGCACCCGUAUGUGGCAGGGAGUAGAUAUUAGAACUUAGUUGUUGUCUGGAAAGCAUUAGAAUUGGUGUAAAGGUGUAAAGCUUAUGAAUAGAGGCUACUAAAUUGCUAGUAAACUUUACUUAAGUGUAUGAAUUUUCAGUUAACGUGUGUGAUACUAUAAUAUAUUACAGUUUAUUUAUUCAUGACGCCAAGGUCUCUAAUAAAACGAAAACUUUAGUCAAACAAUCUUCCAUUUGUAACCGUUGUUUG